AUGCAUGGAUAUGACACCCUGCCAGAUAGCAACUACGUCGAGAUAUGGUGUAUCGACAUCUUUGAUGGUCGUUCGCGUGAAUAUAUACCUUGGGGUGGGACAGACAACCGCGUGCAUGUGCUCUUGCGUGCCGGAUACCUUCCCCCAACGCCAACGGACCCUCAGGUGGCCUUCUCCCUGCGAACACUUGAUCUCCUCCACUCGCUUUUCCGGGUGGCAUCAAAUUUUGGUCUUCAGAGCUUUUCUCGAUUGCUCACUGAUAUGCACAAGACUGUAUUCCAGCAUCAUCUGAAAACGCAACUUUCACUCGCAUUUGACGUGUAUUACCGCAUCUUGUCUCAACUGCAUGGGUUGGUUCAGCGAGAACUCGGACAUGAUGUACCGGAUCAUCGUCUCAAGCAUUCAUGCCCUGCCUGCCACCAUAAAGUCGAGAAUGAGCGAGAGCGCCCUGUUCAGUUUAUCGUAACUGGCGAUGGGAACACAUCCCUCUCACGGCUUCGUCAUCACUUCGAGGGCGAUGCUUGCAGAUUUGUCAGCGAUUACUUCAUUUCCCGAGAAAGUGUUGACCGGUUUGCUAGCGCUCAAAAGCAUUCACGACGGGGAGCAUCAAGUGAGACAAAAGAGGACCCAUCGGUGUCAACUAUAUCGGAUGCCUGCUUGGCUUGGAAGAAUGCCCGGCCAAUCCCAUCGAAGUCAAAGGCUGGAGCUCUGCAAGUUAUGGAUGAAACAGGUAUUUUUUCAGUUGUCUGUCGGCACGGGAUUGUGCAGUUCCUCGCUGAUAUAGUUCAAAGUGGAGAGCUAGCGAAAUACCCAUUGGCUUCUACUGAGAAGCUCAUAGGCACGUUUGGAAAGAACAUAUUAUUUGCGUAUGAUGUUGGGUGCACCUUCUCAGCAACUUUAUCAAAAUCAUCGAUUGGGGAUUUGGCGAGAGAAGCCAAUUUUAGGUGCUGUACUGGCUCUUUUCAUGGCGCUGCUCACGACAGAUCCUGCCAGCUAGACUACCUUAUUGGUUUACAGAAAGGGGCAGGUAUAGAAGACGGUGAGGGAAAUGAACGCGUCUUUUCAGAGAGCAAUGCUCUUGCCCCUGUCAUUCGUCAUGCAUCUCCUUAUUACCGCCACCUUCGAAUCCAUAUCCAUUUCUCCAAAUGGGACGAAACCAAAUACGAAAAACUAGGCGAUUUCCUGUUAAGCAACUUCAAAUCUGCCAGCAGGAUCAUUAGUGAUAGUAAAAAAACCCUCAACGCCACUCAGCAGCUAUCCCCCAACUUCGACCCUGACCAAGACUGCCCACAGUGGUUAUCUGAGGAGCGCAAUUAUAUUUUGUCCCUCGAUCCCAACCUGACAACGAAAAAAUCAAGAUUGAGUAUUUGGAAGCCAACGAACAUGUCGAGCAUGCUGACCUUGAAAUUGUUCUAUUUUAGGGCAACCAUGCAUUACUGGACAAUGCAGGCUGCAAUGCCACAUAUUGGCCAGCACCUGGCUCAGGCGAACGAAACUCUCAACACUGCCCGUCUAGCUGCCUCGGCAAUAGAGGCUAGGUCGUCACUCACCACUCCUUGGACACCUGAUUCCCUUCAGCGCCACGAAGCUUUGGUUUUGCGCCAACGACGGGACUACCAUCAAGUUCUUGAUGAACUUGAGCAAUUACAUUUUGCCUCAUUCAUUCAUGUAGACUAUAAGGCUCGACAGCAAAUUUCCGCAUUGGUGGCCAAGCGAGGGAAGUCAUUGGAUUCGGUACUCCAAAAGUACAACAACUUGGCCACUUCUAUGGAUCCUCCCAAACCAGCGCUUACAUGGCAAGAUGUCACGGACCUCAACUUCCUGUCCGACAUCGUUCUGUUACGUGGCCGAGAAGAUAUCAGAGAGAAACCAUGGUUCAAACACCACUUCCGCGAAGUGACACGUGCCUGGCAUAAACUUCAACGUGCCCGUGAAGAGAUCGAGAUUGUUGGCACUGAAGCUCAUCGGAUAUGGGCAUUUAUGAGUGAGGAGGAGGCCCACCUGGAUCGAAUCAUCAAGGCUACUCAGUCUACGUAUCCCGACCUAUCCAAGUACAUCGUACUCAUUUCUGAAUACCGACUCAAUGUGAAUGGCCACCUUCGUUCCAAACUGAAACUCCUGGAGAAGCAAGGUGGCACUGGCACGCCUCUUCCCACCGCUCAUAAUGUGGGAGAUCCUGGUGCCACGGCAGACACAGUCCAGACUCAUGCCUCAACCCCUAGCACAGUACCUAACUCCGCCCCACCAGACAGUAUUCCAACAAACACCCAAGACCUUAUAACGCCGGGAGAUGACUUUCAAGACACGGUAUCAGGUGCAUCGCAGGACCUUCAUGCUGUUGACUGGGAGGAUGAGAAUCAAGAUGUUGAUGGCAAUAACGAUGAUUAUCAUCAUGUCAUUGGAAGAAUCGUGAACGCGCUAGAAGCUAUGGACUUAGAGUCUGUUUAA